UACAUAAAGUUCUUCCAUUUCAAGGUCAAUUUCAAUCACAAUCGAGGAAAAAUUCGUUCACAGAAUCGACUUAUCUCCUCAGAUAGCCUAGAAAAUGCUUCGCCAGCCGUCAUGGAAACGCGACCGAGAGGAAGACCGYAGAAAGAAAGAGGAAGAGACAGCUCUGACGAUUUUGAAAGAUUUCUGUGAGGAUACCUCGUGGGGAGGGCUGGGCCGRGUUGUUGGGUCCACUUAUCUAUUCUUCCGUAUCAUCUGGAUGCUGGCYUUUCUUGGGGCAUUUGGUGCGGGAAUCUAUCAGCUGAUUGGUUUAUUUGAAACUUAUCAAAGAAAGCCUAUCAAUACUCGUAUAACUCUUCAGCAUAGCUCGUCUCUUGAGUUUCCAACUGUUACAUUGUGCAAUUUCAAUAUUCUUCGCAAGUCACUUCUUCACGAUCUCCCACUCUCCGUCAGAGAAGACAUUGAAAAAUAUGCAAAAAAAAGUACCUCUAGCUCAGGAAAAMAGGACAAAAAGAAAAAAACCGAGUCUUCACAAGAGGAUGAAGACGAUGGUUUUCCCGAUCCUAGCCUUGCCGAUAUAGACUAUCAGAUGGCAGAGAAAAUAGCGGCAGCACUUGUCAAGGAGGAUUCGUCUGCACUCAAGGAGAUUGGRCACCAGUUUGAAACCAUGGUCCGAUCAUGUAAAUUCCGAGGGGUCGAUUGCAUGUACCUGAACGAGUCUUCGAGCAGCUCUGAUUGGAGUACUUUAUGGCAUUAUAAGUAUGGGAAUUGCUUCGUCUUCAACCCUAAUUCGAUCAAAGGCGUCAAAAGAAAAACUAUGAAACUAUCAAAGCCUGGUCCUUCACUUGGUUUGACUUUAGAAGUCGAUAUCCAGCAGCAUGAGUAUAUCAAUAAACUGACCCAAGAAGCUGGUGCUGUAUURCACAUAUCACCACGUGGUGACAUGCCUUUUCCAUACGAAGAAGGAAUCGAUCUUGCACCUGGUUUUUCCACAUCAUUAGGGAUGCGAUUGAUUCGAAUUAAAAGRAAAGACAGGUUUGGGAACGAGUCUUGUAUUGCAACAAACAAGGACAGCAAUGUAAACUUGUACGCCAGAAAAUUCAACACUUCUUACUCGACGAUGGCAUGCAUCCAGUCAUGUAUAGCUUCCAGUCAAAAGUCAGUGUGUGGAUGUAUGGARUACAAGUACUAUCCUAAGGACAAGAUUGUAUGUGACGCAUUCAACACUUCAACAGUUAAAUGCUUAAGAAAAGUGAAUCGACUAGCCAAGGACAAUAAAUUGAAUUGUUCAAAGAGUUGUCCACCWCCUUGCACACAAAAUGUGUAUCAAGCGACGUCUUCCUUCUCUUCGUGGCCUUCGGAAAAUUAUCAGGAAGAAUUUGCUGAAGAAAGGAAUGUAUCAACUAAAGAGUUAAGGAGCAACCUUCUUAAAGUCCAAAUAUACUUCCAGGAUCUCAACUACGAGUUGAUCGAGGAAGAAAUAUCCUACCAGAUUGAGAACUUCGUAUCUGACAUUGGUGGUCAGCUUGGUCUGUGGCUUGGAGUCUCAGUUCUCAGUGGACUGGAAGUCAUAGAGCUUGUGACUCUCCUGUUUUUUCAUUUUUGCUGCAAAAAGGAGUCAAAACGGCGGAGAAAUAUUGUAAAUGGCAAAAAUGACAAUCCAUCGACUUCAUUUCCCUUGACUUAAUUGAAUUAGGCAACCGACGUGUGGAGGUAAUUUUGGCUACUUCCGUAUGAAUCAGCGUCGAGCUUUUGCCGUGCAGCAUURCUGACUCUGCCGUGCCAGUGCCGUGCUACGGUAGCUCCGAACUCAAUUGAUUCAUACGUCGAGCUGUUCAUGUGCUAAAUUCAAACUAUUUGGUUCGGCGCGACGCUGGCUCGACGUAUGAACCGGGCCUUAGAUUGUAAUUAUCUUAUGAUUUUCUAUCAAACGUCUUUUAAUAAGAACAAAUUAUAAUAAAGGUUCAUAAAUAUGAAAUGAUUGC